GUGAAUGCACUCACUUUUCCCAGGCGGCGCCAAUCUGCUUCUUCCCACAUUUAUUAGAUUGUUGUUUUCUAAACCUUUGAUCGGAUUCCCAUCAAAAAACCAGUCUACAUAUAGGCCGUAGAGCACUGGUCAAGUUCGUCAUCAGAUACAAAAUCUAGGGCCUUUUUAGGUUUUCUUUUUAUCCAAUUUUGCUUUGCGUUGCUAUGGCACUGACAAAUCGCAAUCCCAGUUCCCCGUCGAGCCACACUGAGGAAGAGAUAUGUUUAUACACGAAGAUCAUAAACACAGUAGCCUUGAAAGUUAAAAGAAAUGAGACAAUUCUCAAUCUCAAAGCAUUGUUAAGUGAGAAGGCAGGCAUUUCUGAGAAUCUUCAGGAGCUCUUUUUCGUUGGUAAUUGGCUGAUGAAUGAUCGGAGGCUAGUUGAUUAUGGUAUUCAGCAGGGCUCCACUGUCUACCUUUUUGUUCAGAAUGUAUUUGGAAUGAGAGUAAAUGUUAAAACUCCUUCGGAUAAGAAAAUCAUUGCAAUUGAAGUAAGGUCUUUUGAUACUAUUCAAAAUAUCAAAUCAAUCAUUCAAGCCAAGGAGGGGAUUCAAUCGGAUCAGUACUCUGUUGUCCACAAUGGAAAAGUUCUUGAAGAUGAUAGGAUCCUAUCCUCACUAAAUAUUCCAAAUGACACAACCCUUCAUUUGGUUUUCAAUCCUAAAGAUGUCUUAUCAAUUUUUUUGAAAACAGUGGCUGGAGAGAUGUUGAAACUUGAAGUUAAAGUUUUGUUUACCAUUCGUGAUGUCAAAACAAUAGUUGAGAGCAUGACAUGCAGAUAAAUUCAAAGGUACAACAUGCAUGAGCUACUUGUUUUCGUAGCUUUGACAUAUUGGGCUGACAAUGGAGAAGUGGGGCA